AUGAACAAUAUAGACUAUGCAAUCUACAGCUCCAAAGAAAUACAAAGUUCAACACAAGCUAUUUACACUGAUGGACCUUGUAACUUUACUAUUGUAGACCGCAAAUACAUCACCCCCACUGUUUUCAUACUCAUCCUUAAGGAUAACAACAACACUCCAUUUACUGGCGUUGAAUUAGGUGGACAUUUAAGAUUUUUUAUACCACCAGCCCCUAGAAGUGUUGAAAAUCAGUGGAAUGGAGCAAAUGACAUCGAGUCUAGGGAACUGAUUAAGAGAGUUUACACACCAAUUUUUGUAGACCCUCAAAAUAAACUUUUGCAUUUUGCCAUAAGAGUGUAUGAACCUUGCGAAGAAUUUUGUGACGGAGGCAAAUGCUCUCGUUCAUUAGCUAAUCUUCCACUUAAUUCUGAGGUUUCCUGUCAAGUAGUACCAGGAAAGCUCCACUAUAAGACACCCUCUCAAUUCGCUUUUCAAAGCAGCAUUUUCACCGUAAAAAAGGUUGCAUUUAUCGCCGGGGGUACGGGAAUUACUUUGUUUUAUCGUAUUAUAUCAAAUAUUAUACAUAACCCUUCUGAUAAUACCGAAAUCAUUCUGCUUUUUUCUGUAAGAAAUAUUGAUGAAAUCAUUCUACACCAGGCACUGGAACAAUUUGAUUCGCCGCUCUUAUUCAAAAAAUAUUUCAUAACUAAACCUGCAGUUACGGCUGAUUAUAUAAAUAGUGGCACUAUAGUCUCUGGUUUUAUCAAUAAGGAAAUACUUACUACAAAAGUCAAGGACUGCUGUCACACAUUUAUUUGUGGCCCCAAACCCUUCAAUAAGUAUAUACAUGAACUGUUGAUCGAACUUGGCGUGGCAAAUGAUCGUAUCACUCCAAUUUAG